UGACCUGACAGUUGCACUAAAAUAUCAGUGGCUGCGAGGCCCUAAAAGCUAUAACUUGGCAAAACGUGGAGCACCCACUUAUCUAACAAAUCAUUUUUCGACAGGUUUACUAGGAUGGGAGCGUAGAUGGAAGAAGGAGAAGGAGAAGAAGAAUGUUGUUGUUGCUGUUGUGGUUGAUGAUGAUGAGGAUGAUGAUGAUGAUGAUGAUGAUGAUGAUGAUGAUGAUGAUGAUGAUGAUGAUGAUGAUGAUGAUGAUGAUGAUGAUGAUGAUGAUGAUGAUGAUGAUGAUGAUGAUGAUGAUGAUGAUGAUGAUGAUGAUGAUGAUGAUGAUCGAGGCGGCAGGACUGAUGAAAUGAAGUUCUGUCGUCACUACGAAUUAACUACCUCCUCCAUGGUUUCGACUACUGCGUUUCGCGACUGCUUUCGGCUCCAGUCUCACGGUACCUGCAGAAGUUUACUUUAA